AUGCCACAAUCCAAAAGUAUCGGGUCUACAACCACCAAAGUUCUUAGGAUACUCGCUACGGCAUACAUAUGGACUGGCGUUUCGUCGUUCGUUCUGCCUCCUCACAAGCGGGCGCUGGUUCCUUUUCUCACGCGGAGUGAGGAAUACUACUGUCGUCAGCUAGCCGAUAGUGGGUUUCAAUGCUGGCAACUGAAUAAGCUCUCAUCACAAAAUGGAAGGGAGACAAGAUUAUACGAAGGCACAACAGAGACGGAGUCGUCUUCCAGUGUGACAUCUGAUGCGGGAAAUGAAUUGAUUGCUCGCUCCACCAAUGGUGCAACAGAGACGGACUCCUCCAGUGUGACAGCUGAUGCGCGAACAGCAUUGAUUGAUCGCAUGUCCACGAAUUCCCAAUCCUUGACCCUCAAUGGUGCCAAUACGAAUAAUGUAAACGGAUCGAACAAUGUAAACGGAUCGAACGGAGUUUCUACAACCACCGAUGGUCCGCCACGGAUACAGUUGGAGGAUAUACCACAACCUACAGCCAAUGGAGGAUUUACUCAUACGAAUGCCAGUCGGGCUAAGAUUGGUGCUGCCAACAAGGGAAAGACGCCGUGGAACAAAGGAAAGGCUAGAUCGGAAGAAGUCAGAGCUAGAAUUGCUGCAGGAGUGCGAGCUAAGAACCGUGAGCGAUUCUUAGAAAAGCUCAAAGCACAAGGCAUAACCGAAGAAGAAUACAAUGCUCAAGAAGCAGCAAAAAAAGCGAAAAAGGAAGCUGAAACGAAUGCUCGACGAACUGCAAAGGGAGGGUUCCGGCCGAGCGAAGAAACAAAGGCAAAGAUAUCAAAAAUAUUGAAAGAAAAGCAUGCAAAAGGAGAAAUCAAACCUCGUACGGUCGAUCCCAGCAAGGUUAGGAGGGGUUUCACGCAUUCGGAAGAAACUCGGGCCAAGAUAUCAGCCUCGCUAAAGAAACGAUGGGCUACCGAUGAGGAAUAUCGAGAAAAGAUGAAGGAAGGAGCAAAAAAAAGUAGUUCAUCAGAGGAAACGCGUAAACGGAUAUCCGCAUCACUUAAGAAAAAGUGGAAAGACCCAGAAUUUCGCACUGCAAUGAUGGCCAAACUUGCAGCAGGAGGAAGAGGAGAGACUGGCCAGAAACAAAGCGAAGAGAAAAGAAAGAAGAUUUCAGAAACCAUGAAGAAAAGAUGGCAGAAUGAAGAGUACCGGAAGAAGCUUCUGGAUUCAAUUGCCAACAGAAAAGCACCUGCAAAGAGGAAGAAAAAGGAAAAGAAGGGUGUUACCAAGGGUUCUGCUACGAAACUUGAACAGAUUUCGAAGUUGAAGCCUCUGGAGACUGGUGGAGAACAUUCAUCAAAGAAGAAGCGAAAGAAGAAAGUUGUCUUUGCCAAAAGCGAGGAGGAUGUCUUUCAGGCACGGCGGCCAAAACCGAAGGUGACAAAGAAGCCACCCGCCAAGAAAGAGCGAAAGAAGAAAGAGGCCGAUGGUAGUGUGAAUCGUUUGAAAGAAGAAAGCCGGGAAUUGUUCGAUCUUUUGUAUGGGGACGAAGACCAAUUUGAUGACGUUGAUGAAGCUUCCAAACCUAUUCAACGGAAACCUGCCUUCUUUGAUUUUGGUGACGAAGACCUUGAUGCCUUUGAUCCCUACGGCUUGGAAGACUACUAG